CAUGAAGGUUAGAGUGGAAAUAUCUCAUGAGUAAAUUCGUUUCACUUCUGCCCCUAUGGCAGGCAUUAAUAUAUAUCGGUCUUAUGGCCUCGAACAUCAUAGAGGCCAGGAGCAUUUGGCAGUUAUCUACCUUAGAAAUCCCCCAAAAUUUCUACAAUGCGCUCUUUCCCGAUGCCGAGGAUGACUCCCAACCAAGAUUUGCUCCCGAGUUACCUCAAAAUUAUAUUGAGACCAUCGACGAUGGAUCUGAUGGAAUAAAAGUGACAUCAGAAGGCCAGCCUUUGGCCAAGCCUACCCAACCUGAAGCAGAGAAAUCUCGCCUAUGCACACUGAACAGCGAGUCGACGAGUGUUCAGCAGCACGAGCUCGUCAAUCGCUUUCGAAAGAUGGCGCCGUUGCGGCCUCUGCUCAGACGUAAUAACUUUGUACUCUACGUGGACAAAGCACCACAUUUAUUGGGCGAAAUAGGGAUCGUGUAUAAUCCAGUGAGGUAUCACAUCAUAAAAUCGUAUUCCAGUGGUCGCGGGAGGCCAUUAUUAGUACCUCAAAUCCCGGAAGGAAGAUUGUUCAAGUUACGUCAACGUUUCACCUUGUUGGGAACAGAGGGAGGUCAUAUUGUCGACAUCUCAGACGAUCACAGCUCGAAACAAAAUGAAGAAAAUUUCAUCAUGAAUGGAUCGUACGUAGCGGUCGUUGACCCAAACUUCAAGCUCUCGUUCAAAGAUGCUAAUGCCUACAUACCGGACGUAGAUCCUACUAUCUACCUCAAGUUUACGGACUUGUUCAGCAGAGUCAGAAAAACGAAUGAUUACGCGGUUUUUCCAGAUUUCGUGCCCUGGCCUCUAGUGGAUUUUGAUCGCCUUGUGGCGGAGCAUGUGAGAAAAUCUGGCUACAAAAUCGAGUCUGAGGUUGCAAAUGAUUCUUUUGUGUCUGCUUCUUUGAAGCGGGAGGAGAAACGCUUGAAAGAAUUGAAAGACAAGCGCAUGACUGAGCUUACAGAAAAUGGAACAGAAGUUCUCACGAGUCAAUGCAACCACUUUCCAAGCGAAGAAGACUGUGCACCCAAUUACCGAACUGAUCACCACGUGAAUAAAUGUUACUGCAUUCAAUCUCUUGAUUAUGAACUCGUGUGCUGCGACUACAGAAACACAGCCGUCUAUAUAGACAGUUGGUUUGUGCGGGAUAACACCUUAUUUUUCACAAAUGCAAAUCCACUCUCCAUCUCCUUCUAUAGUAAAAGUGUCGAGAGGAUUUUCAUCCACAGUUCGGUGAUAGCCUUCAUGGAAACUACAUUCCCGUACCCUCAGUGGCGUGCAGAACUGUACAUUUCUAACAGCACCAUGACAUCCUUGAAUGGCUCCGACUCAGUUGCCCUCACCAACACCGAAGUAGAGGACAUCAUUAUGCUCUUCCCUCUUAAAGAAUUGGUUCUGAUCCGCACUUCAGUCGGCGUCAUGGCGGAUACUUUUUUCCGUUCAAUGUCCGAGAAAAAGCAGAGUUCGUUUCGAGCAGAGUCGUCAAAAAUUCAAUUAAUCUACAACGUUUCCUUUGAUCACGAGGCCGUGUUGUACGGCUGCUAUAUUCAGGGAAUCGCCAACAGUGUCGUCUCGGCUUUGUUUGUUGAGGGAUCCAGCAUAGAUUCGAUAUAUCCGGAAGGUUUGAAGGUUGUGAAAACACUUUCUCUGAUCAACACCAGAGUGGGACAUCUCCAUCGUAAUGCCAUCAUUGCUGACCGUGAUCAAAUUGUAUCGCUGAAGAAUACCGUGAUCGAACAAUGCGAUGAACCGUGCUUCUUAACAUCGCCUGGGACGAUUUUUAUUAUUGAGAAUGUAAUGGUGAAUAACAAAAACAUGACAGACCUGAAAGGCCACCUGCAUUCACCAAUUGUAACAACCAGCUUGAAUCGUCGAGAGUUUCAUGCAGGAGAAAUUAGAGAAUAUUGUAUACAGGAGGAUUGGAGAUUCGACUGCGAUCUUGUGAGCCAUCAAGAGCCCCUGGAGUUCCACCUGACGAGAAACGUAGCCGACUCCAUCGUCAUCAGAAAUCACGCAGAACUUUACAUUCACGAGGGUGCCUGCUAUCACACUGUUUAUCUUUGGAAUGACGUCGGGUCAAUGUACCACAGUGACUACCCUCAUCCCAAUGACCGUUUCAAUGUAAUGCCUUGCGCUUCGAGGUUUCGUUUGCAGUUGCAUUCGACGAAUUUGACAACACUUUAUUCGGUACGAAUAACCGAAGUAUUGGCGGAUGAAGGCCCGUCUCGCAUCGACCACCUUGACUUGAGUAAAGUGGAAUAUUUAAAAACCAAAGACCUGAGCAUCAAAGUCCUGGAACAUUUGGUUAUACAUCCUAGCAUCAGUAAAGAAUAUAUUUCUGAAAUCGCUUGCAUCGUAAUUGGUGGUCACAUCGGCGUAAUUCAAAAUUUAAUCCUUCAUACUCCGGCUUCUUUCUCUAACGUCAAUAUUGAUGAGAUCCAAAGCCUGAUCAUGAACAACUUCUCACCUUCGCACAAAACUUUCGUCUUCUAUUCUUGUACAUUUGGGCUCAUACAUCCUGCCGGUUUACGAUUGCUGGCUGGCCAUUUAUACCUGCACAAGUUCCGAUUUCUCCAGCCACUUGAAGGGAUGAUUUACUUGAGGGCAGGAGCUUACCUCAAGAUCAGCCAACCUCUGAACGUCCAAGACCUCGACUGUCUUGAAGUGGGACCCAUCAUCAGUGCCGCGCACCGAAACCAGGUGUUGUACCAGGGCGGGAUAGCACCUGAAUGGUUAUGGGACUGCGUCGCCGUGCGGGAGGGACCCACGCUCAUGGAGGGAGCCUCCGUUACGGCUGCUGGAGUUGUCAUCAUCGAGCCGCUCAAGAACUGCUCCAUGCCUAGCAGCAUGACUCUGAACUGCGACUUGUCGUUCACUACCACGAAUGUUCAAAUUGGAGGCAACCAUACACUAGACGCAUACAAACACGCGAUAGUGAAGAAUGCCCGCAACUUGAUCAUCUCGGACCAUUGCUUGAUGCAGCUUACGCUACAGAAUGUGACUGCCAGCUCGAUACAGAAGACCAACUACUCGUGUUUAUACAGACUAGAUUUGUUAUACUCGACUCUGGAUUUCAUCGAUAUAAACGUGCUUGAAUUUAUUUCUUCUAAGAGCACAAUAUCGGAUGUGGCUCCACGCUUGCCAUUAACUUUCCUCGAAUGCUCGAUAACUCAAGUAACUAAUAUUUUAGCAACCGUCCGCAUAGGGAACUUGUCAAGAAGUGUCAUCACAACAAUUAAAGAACUCGUUGUUGUCGACGAUUUCGUUAUUGAAGGAUGCAGAGUGGAUGAGAUUAUGUUCAUUAGAGUGCUGCCAGGAGCGACCCUCAAUAUUUCAAGUUCUCUGAUUUCUGAGAUUGGAAUUGAGGGCAUUGAGGUAUCAGGCAGACUCAUCUUGAACCAUGUCAACGUCCAGCGAGCUUCUGCUCGUAGCAUAGUUGUCCGCGAAACUGGUAGUGUUGAAAUUGGUGUGUUCAACGUCUUUUCUUGUCAUCCACUUGCAUCACCAACAUUUGACUACGAAGAUUCCUACCACUCAAACGAAGAAAAAAGUUACGUCAUGCAGAUCCGAAAUCACACGUUCACACAAGAAAACCUUAUUACCCACACUGAGUGCGUGCUAAUUCAAGGCGAUGAAAAAGUUACAGAUAAUAUACACUUUCUGAAGCCAAUUGCAGAAAAAACUACAGUACCCGUAUAUAAGCUGACAACGCCGACAAUAUAUGAUGCGAGCUGGAGCGACGAUGAUCUUCCUGUGGAAGCACUUGAUACUUUAUAUGAAAAAACGUCUGGCAAAGAGAAAGUGGAGGAGGCUGUCUCAAAUCGCGUUUAUAUCUACUCGUCGAUUGUACUUUUCAUAAUCAUUAUAGUUGCAGUCGCAAUAUUCUACUGGUGGUUUAAGAAGCGCAUGCGUCUCAACGAAAGGAGGAGCCGCGAUGGAAGUCACCGACGUAACGACAUAGACGAAGAACCCGGCGAAGAAGUCCCUUUGGCUCAGUUAUAUGAUGACCGCGUGAAUAUGGAGCAGGCUGAAUACAGGGACUCGGUAGAGGAAAGAUCUGGACUUGAAAACCCUGAGCAUAGUGAGGAGCCUCAAGGGUAUUCGCCUGAAGCACGCCCCGUCAACUACAUUUAUUUUGACCGUGGUCUUAACCUACGAAAAUCGACGACCGGUCGUGAACAUUUGCCACGGAGGACAGUUGGUUUAGAGCAAGGUGGAGCAGCUGGAGCUACACAACGGACGGAUUCGACGUCACCCGAUCCGCAUUCUGGUCAAUCGCCAUCGGCGCCCUCAACGAGUGGAACCAAAACACUAGAUUUUUCGAAUUUGCUCGCUCACAAUCUUCCUUUCAAUAAAAAUUACGACAAGGAAGAAAUUAUCGAGGCGAUCAAAGCCGGAAGAGCCGAAAGGCAAGCAGUUCUCUCUCAGGGCAAUGUUCGUUCGUCUGCCUCUGGUAUUUGUGAGCCAACUGCAGGUGGCCAGCGUCUUGAGGCCUCGAAACCACCUGCCCCUCCUAGGUCAAAAAGGCUUGCUUCUGGUACCAGUGCUGAUGCUGAUACUGCCGCCAGUGGUAAGAGUAUUGCUGCUGCUGGUAGUGGUAAGGGUAGAGCUGAUGCUGCUGCUGGUGGUAAAGGUAUUGCUGAUGAUGCUGCUGCUGCUGGUGGUAAAGGUAUUGCUGAUGAUGCUGCUGCUGGCGAUAAAGGUUUUGCUGAUGCUGCUGCUGGUGGUAAAGGUAUUACUGAUGCUGAUGCUGGUGGUAAAGCUAUUGCCGAUGUUGCUGCUAUUGGUAAAGGUAUUGCUGAUGCUGGUGGUAAAGCCAUUGCUGAUGCUGCUGCUAGUGGUAAAGGUAUUGCUGAUGCUGCUGCUGUUAGUGGUAAAGGUAUUGCUGAUGCUGCUGCUAAUGGUAAAGCUAUUGCUGAUGCUGGUAUAGGUAUUGUUGAUACUGAUGCUGGUGGUAGCGGUAGAGCUGAUACUGAUGCUGGCUGGAAGGACGGUGCUGAUAUUGCUAGUGGUGGUGAGGGUAGUGCUUCUGGCUUCGACACAAGUGCGUAUUCUAGUUUUUAA